GGAUGAGUAGGACUGAGCUGUGGCUGCUGGCCUCUCUGGCCUUUGCCUCUCUAAUUUCUCUGGCUGAUGGAUCGCCAAUGAAGGUGAUGUCUGCUCCGAACCUGUUGCGCGUAGGAACAGGAGAAAACAUCUUUGUGGAGUGUCAAGACUGCACCGGAGGAGACAUAAGGGUUGAUAUCAAUGUGAUGAACCAUCCAACUCAAACCAAAAGGCUGGCAACUACAUCUGUGACCCUUACCGCAGCAAAUAAAUUCCAGGAACUUGGGCAAAUAACGAUCCCUGUGGGAGACUUCAGCAAGGAUCCCAACAUAAAGCAGUAUGUCUACCUGAAAGCUCAGUUCCCCGAUGUAGAAUUGGAGAAAGUCGUCCUAGUGUCCUUCCAGUCCGGCUACAUCUUCAUCCAGACGGACAAGACCCUCUACACCCCCAACAGUAAAGUUUAUUACAGGAUGUUUGCACUGACACCCGGCAUGGAGCCCGUAGAGAGGAAUGACCAAACCCAAACUGAUGCUUCCAUUGCCAUUGAGAUUGUGACUCCUGAAGGCAUCAUUUUGCCUGCUGACUCAGUCUCUCUGAAAUCAGGGCUCCACUCAGGAGAUUACCAACUUGGUGAAAUUGUCAGUACUGGACUGUGGAAAGUGGUCGCCAAGUUCAACAGCAACCCACAGCAGAGCUUCUCCACAGAGUUUGAGGUCAAAGAAUAUGUGCUGCCCAGUUUUGAAGUGAAACUGACACCUGCAAGCUCCUUCUUCUACGUGGACAGUCCAGAGCUCAUUGUCAACAUUAAAGCUACGUAUCUGUUUGGUGAAGAGGUGGAUGGGACAGCAUACGUGGUAUUUGGGGUUGUGCAUGACGGUCAAAAGAAGAGCUUUCCCAGCUCUCUUCAGAGAGUGUUGGUCGAGAACGGUAAUGGAGUGGUCCAGCUAAAGAGACAGCACAUCACACAGACCUUCCCAAACAUUCAAGGACUGGUGGGGGAUUCCAUAUUUGCAGCUGUCAGUGUGCUGACAGAGAGCGGUGGUGAAAUGGUGGAGGCAGAGUUGAGAGGUAUCCAGAUUGUCACAUCUCCCUACACGAUCCACUUCAAGAAAACAACCAAAUAUUUCAAACCAGGAAUGUCCUUCGACGUUACGCUUGAAGUUUUGAAUCCUGAUGAAACUCCAGCACAAGGUGUUCCAGUGGUGUUGUAUCCAGACAGGGUGCAGGGUUCCACUGCAGACAAUGGCAUGGCAAAGCUUACCACCAAUACAGAGGAAAGAAUGGGAAGACUGGAAAUCACUGCAAAGACCAAUGUUCCUGGUAUUUCAGCUGAAAGACAAGCAUCAGCCACCAUGGUAGCUCUCCCAUAUCAGACUAAAAGCAAAAACUACAUCCACAUAGGUGUGGAUACAGCAGAGCUGAAAUUAGGAGACAAUCUGAAAAUCAACCUCAACCUCAACAGGCAGUCAAAUCAAGACACUGAUAUCACAUACCUGAUCCUGAGCAGGGGUCAACUGGUCAAACAUGGCCGUUACAGGACAAAAGGCCAAAUACUGAUUUCCCUGAUAGUUCCCAUCACCAAAGACAUGCUGCCAUCAUUCCGAAUCGUAGCCUACUACCAUCCAAAUGACAAUGAAGUGGUAUCAGACUCCGUUUGGGUGGAUGUCAAAGACUCCUGCAUGGGCUUGCUGAAGUUGGAACCAUCAAGACCUGCUCCGUCUUAUGAGCCUCGCAAGAUGUUUGGUCUGAAAGUCACUGGAGAUCCAGAGGCCACAGUGGGAUUGGUGGCAGUUGACAAAGGCGUCUACGUCCUUAAUAACAAGCACCGCCUCACCCAGAAGAAGGUGUGGGACAUUGUAGAGAAAUACGACACAGGCUGCACACCGGGGGGAGGAAAGGACGGCAUGAGUGUGUUCUACGAUGCCGGGCUGUUGUUUCAGACCAGCACUGCCUCUGGGACUCCCUACAGACAAGAAUUGAAAUGUCCGGCCCCCAACAGGAGGAGACGAGCCACUACUAUAAUGGAAGUUACAACCAGCUUAGUGAGUCAGUAUAGAGAUGAACUACAACGGGACUGUUGUUUGGAUGGCAUGAGGGAAAACCCCACUUCAUACAGCUGUGAGAUUCGCAGCGAGUACAUCUCAGACGGUGCAGCCUGUAUCGAGGCCUUCCUGCGCUGCUGCAAGGAGAUUGAAAGUCAGCGAGCUGAGAAGAAGGAGGAAAACCUCCAACUGGCUCGCAGUGAAGAAGAAGAUAACAGUUACAUGGACAGCAAUGAAAUUGUUUCACGCACCAAAUUCCCUGAAAGUUGGCUGUGGUCAGACAUCAAACUGCCUGCUUGCUCUCGACAAACACCCAACUGCGAGUCCACAUCAUCUGUGAAAAACGUUCCUUUGCAAGACUCAAUCACAACCUGGCAGUUCACUGGCAUUAGUCUGUCAAGAACCCAUGGUAUCUGUGUGGCUGAUCCAUUAGAGGUAAUUGUCCGGAAGGAAUUCUUCAUUGAUCUCAGACUGCCGUACUCUGCUGUCCGUGGAGAGCAACUGGAAAUUAAGGCUAUCCUCCACAACUACAGCCCUGAUCUUGCCACUGUGCGUGUGGAUCUGAUUGAGGAGGAGCAUGUGUGUAGUGCAGCUUCUAAACGUUCAAGGUAUCGUCAGGAGGUAGAAGUCGGGCCUGAAAAUACCCGAUCUGUACCCUUUGUCAUAAUUCCCAUGAAAGAAGGCCAAUUCCGCAUUGAGGUCAAAGCAGCUGUUAAAGACUCAUCGCUCAAUGAUGGAGUCAUGAAAAUGCUGCGGGUGGUGCCGGAAGGCGUACUGGUUAAAUCUCCACAGGUUAUAACUCUAGACCCCACUAAAAAAGGCGUAGAUGGUAGACAAGAAGAAAUUCUCAACAGUGGAAUUAAAAAAAAAGAUAUGGCUCCGAACACACCUUCGAGCACACAGAUCUCUGUGACAGGGAGGGAGCAAGUAGCUGCACUGGUGGAGAAUGCCAUUAGUGGGAAUUCUAUGGGUACUCUGAUCUACCAGCCAUCAGGCUGUGGAGAGCAGAACAUGAUCCACAUGACCUUGCCUGUCAUUGCAACCAUUUAUUUGGACAAAACCAACCAGUGGGAAACUGUUGGCUUCCACAAACGUAAUGAAGCCAUCCAGCACAUCAGGACUGGCUACCAGAAUGAGCUCACCUACCGUUUAAAGGAUGGGUCUUUUGCUGUGUGGCCCAAGAGCAAAAGUAGCACCUGGCUGACAGCUUAUGUUGUCAAGGUGUUUGCCAUGGCCUACAAUCUGGUGGCAGUGGAAAGAGAAGUGAUCUGUGACGCAGUGAAGUUUCUGAUUCUCAACACACAGCAACCUGACGGCUUGUUUAGGGAAGUUGGAAGGGUGAACCACGGAGAGAUGAUUGGUGAUGUCCGUGGCACAGAUUCCGAUGCCUCCAUGACGGCCUUCUGUCUCAUCGCCAUGCAGGAGUCACGCACACUAUGUGCUGACACUGUCAAUAGUCUGCCGGGCAGUAUAGACAAAGCAGUCACCUACCUGGAGAGGCGCUUGCCUGACCUCACCAAUCCAUAUGCUGUUACUAUGACAUCAUACGCCCUGGCCAAUGAAAACAAACUGAACCGAGAAAUCCUCUACAAGUUUGUUUCCCCAGAGUUGAGCCACUGGCCUGUACGUAACACAAAUAUCUUCAAACUUGAGGCCACAGCUUACGCUCUUCUGGCUCUGGUCAAGGCCAAGGCCUUUGAGGAAGCCAGACCUGUUGUGAGAUGGUUCAACAAACAGCGGAAGGUGGGCGGUGGCUAUGGAUCAACUCAGGCUACCAUAAUAGUGUACCAGGCUGUAGCAGAGUACUGGGCCUCUGCCAAAGAACCAGAGUAUGAUCUGAAUGUCGACAUCUUGUUGCCGGGCAGGGCAAAGCCUGACAAGUACAACUUCAACGCUGAGAACAGCUAUGCCACGAGAACAUCUAAAAUCAACGAUAUAAACCAGAAUGUGAAAGUGACUGCUACAGGAACAGGAGAAGCAACAGUGACAAUGGUGUCGCUGUAUUAUGCUCGGCCCGUAGAGAAGGAGAGCGACUGUCAGAAGUUUAACCUGUCAGUGGAGCUCCGCCCAGACAAAAUGGAUGAGGAUGAGAAGAUAUACAAGCUAAGAAUAGAGGUUUUGUAUAAAGACAAGGAUCAUGAUGCAACUAUGUCAGUCUUGGAUAUUGGCUUGCUAACUGGCUUCACCGUCAACACACAUGACCUGGACGCAUUGGCCAAAGGACGUGCCCGGUCCAUUGCAAGAUAUGAGAUGAACAAAGUCCUGUCAGAAAGAGGCUCGCUGAUUAUCUACCUGGACAAGGUUUCUCACACACGACCAGAGGAGAUCACUUUUAGGGUCCAUCAGAAGCUGAAAGUGGGCGUCCUACAACCAGCGGCUGUGUCUGUCUAUGAAUAUUAUGACCAAGCACAUUGUGUGAAAUUCUACCAUCCAGAUAGGAGGGCUGGACAGCUACUGAGGCUCUGUAGAAAUGAUGAAUGCACAUGUGCUGAAGAGAACUGCAGUAUGCAGAAGAAGGGCAAAAUCAGCAAUGAUCAGCGCACAGCCAAAUCUUGUGAGAGUACACCAACCAGCAAAAUAGACUUUGUGUACAAAGUGAGUCUGGAAGAAUUUAAAGAUGAGUUGUCAACUGACAUUUACAUAAUGCGGGUACUGGAAAUGAUCAAAGAAGGAAGUUAUGAUGUGGGUCCUCUGGGUAAACUGCGCACAUUCCUCAGUUAUCCGCACUGCAGAGAGACUUUAGAUCUGGUGAAAGGCAAAGCAUACCUUAUCAUGGGCACCUCCAAAGAUAUUCACAGAGACGACACCCAACAAACGUAUCAGUACGUGCUCGGUGAGAGAACAUGGAUUGAGUACUGGCCCACAGAGGCAGAGUGUCAAAUUGAGGAAUACAGACCUACCUGUCUGGGCUUAGAGGAGAUGGUCCAGCAGUAUGCACUCUUUGGAUGUCAGCAGUAGAGAAACUCAAGGAAAUACACUGUCCUUUUCAAAUUGUUUUUGUUUUGCAUUAUCAUUGUUGUGUAAAAAUUUCACUGCUAUGAAAUAUAAGGAAUUCAAAAGUACAAUGUUACACUGUGUUGAUUAAAACGUAUUGGUAUUAA